AUGUUUGUUUCUUUCUCAAAGAAAAUAUGUCUUGGACUUAUUAAAGAAACUGGUAAGCUUGCUGUAAAACCCGCAAAAACUCUCAUUGAAACAACUGUUAAAUUAAACACUAAAGAAGGUACCCCUCUUCAUGACAUUAGUAUGUAUCAAAGACUUGUAGUUAAACUUAUCUACCUAGAAAUUACUCGUCCAAAUAUAACCUUUGUAGUUAACAAUGUAAGUCAAUUCAUGCAUGCUCCAAGAACUUCACACAUUUCUGCUAUUUACAGGAUUCUACAUUAUCUUAAAGCUACUCCUAGAGUAGGCAUAUGGAUGAAGCAAAAUAACCGCAUUUACGUCAUUGGUUAUACUGAUACUAAUUGGGCAGGCAAUUUUGAUAUAAAGUCGACUACCGGCUUUUGUACAUUCAUUGGAGGAAAUCUAGUGACGUGGAGAAGUAAAAAGCAAAAUAUUGUUUCCCGUUCAAGCGCCGAAGCUAAAUAUCGUGCUAUGGCGGCUACUACCGGAGAACUCAUUUGGAUUAAAUAUAUUCUUAAAGACUUGGGAGUUUAG